AUGGCAGAACCCAAGCUAUCUCAACACGACAAGGAGAAGCUCAAAAGAGCCUUCGACCUGUCCCAUUUCGACAUCAACGCCAUACUGCGGGGCAUCCAGUUGACCCUGGUUGGAGCAAACCGAGCCCUACAGAACCCGGACAUCUUCACCAAUGCCCACUACAAGCAGGCGGCCCUGGCUGUCGGUGCCGGUAUAGCAAUACGACUUCUCAUCGCAAUUCCCAUCCUGUCUGUCAAACUCGGAAUUCGCUUUUCCGCCCUCUUCUGGGACCUCAAUCAGACAUCAUGGGAUGAAAACCUUGUCGAAUUCCUCCAGCUUCUUGCCAACCAUGUUCUUCAAGCUCCCUUGUUCCUCAUGACCCUCAUGCGAUACAUCACUCCCACCCUCGACAACAUGUUCAUGGAUUCUUUACGGUGGGUUGAUCAGACCUAUGUUCAGAAGCAUCAACACGAGAACCCCGAUACUCUGAGAGAUAUGUACUAUCCCAACCUACGACAAUACAAGAUCAAGGAUGGCAGCACCCAUUCCACCAGCACUGCCGAGGCUAGCACCAUGUUUGCUGUACGGUUCGCUCGCAAGGGCGCCAUUUCCUUGGCCAUCUUUGCCUUGUCCUACAUCCCAUACAUUGGCCGACUUGUACUCCCCGCCGCCAGUUUCUAUACUUUCAACAAUGCCGUGGGACUGGGUCCAGCUGCCGUAAUCUUUGGUACCGGCAUCUUCUUCCCCAGGCGAUACCUCGUCAUCUUCCUGCAGACCUACUUUGGUUCCCGAAGUUUGAUGCGUGAGCUCUUGGAGCCCUAUUUCGCGCGUGUUCACAUGAACAAGGAGCAGAAGAAGAACUGGUUUCACAGCCGCGAGGGGCUGCUGUUCGGCUUUGGUCUCGGCUUCUAUACUCUGGUUCGUGUACCACUAUUGGGUGUUCUGAUCUAUGGCAUCGCCGAAGCCUCCACGGCCUAUCUCAUUACCAAAGUGACGGAUCCACCUCCACCCCCUGCCCAAAGCAAGAACUUCGCCGCAAGCCAACAGGUCUGGAGGAAUAAGCAUGAAUUUCUAAGCCUGUCGCUCUUUGAUUUGGAUGCUUUGCAUGCUGGCCGUGAUCCCCCGUCCGGCAGCGCGGCGAGCUCCUCUUCCAAAGUGCCGCCCUACCCCCCUUCCUACGAAGACGCAACAGUGGGGAGGAAGGAUCUAUAG